UGAAGUGAUAACCCAGCACCUGUGUUUACCUAACCCUGCUAUUCUCUAGGCAGUCUUUUCAUUGUCUCAGCUAAAGGAUUUCCCCUCCAGAAUCAGCAGCUAAAUGAGAUCAUGAUUUUGGAAGGAACUGGCAGAAUGAGUAUCAGUUCCAGCAGCAAUCUACUCCACCAGCAGCCAUCCUGGACAGAGGGAUACCCAACAUGUAAUGUGUCUAGCAGUUUCUAUGGAACUCAGUGGCAUGAAAUUCAUCCUCAGUACUGGACUAAGUUCCAGGUUUGGGAAUGGCUACAACAUCUCCUUGAUACCAACCAGCUGGAUGCCAACUGCAUACCUUUCCAGGAAUUUGACAUCAAUGGUGAACAUCUGUGUAGCAUGAACUUGCAAGAAUUCAUCCAGGCAGCUGGGAUAGCAGGGCAACUUCUUUACUCCAACCUCCAGCAUCUAAAAUGGAAUGGUCAGUGUGGAAGUGAUAUGUACCAAUCACAUAAUGUCAUUGUUAAAACAGAACAAACAGAUCCAUCAUUAAUGGCAUUCUGGAAAGAAGAGAAUUAUCUGUAUGACAGUGGCUAUGGUGGUACUGUAGAUUUAUUGGAUAAUAAAACUUACUGCCGUGCACAGAUUUCUGCAACCAGUCUUAGUCAACAGUCUAUUGAGUCCUCUGAUGGAAAAAAAACACAAGAUCAUCCUCCAAAGUCCCAUGCGAAGAAGCACAAUCCUCGAGGGACUCACCUUUGGGAAUUUAUCCGAGACAUUCUUCUAAAUCCUGAAAAAAACCCAGGUUUAAUAAAGUGGGAAGACCGGUCUGAAGGUGUCUUCCGGUUCUUAAAAUCUGAAGCCGUGGCUCAGCUGUGGGGAAAGAAGAAAAAUAAUAGCAGCAUGACUUAUGAGAAACUCAGCCGGGCUAUGAGAUACUAUUAUAAAAGAGAAAUCUUGGAGCGUGUGGAUGGCCGAAGAUUAGUAUAUAAAUUUGGAAAGAAUGCCCGUGGCUGGAGAGAAAAUGAAAAUUAAAGAUAUCAGAUAAUACAACAGUUAAAACUUCUGUACGUAAAUAUUUCAAAGACUGUUUUGUUUUAUUUAUAUACCAAAAUGAGGGAAAAUUCUACUUUUAAUAGAACGAAGGAACACUAUCAUUAUUCAUGUUAAAAUUAUUUGAAGUAUGUCCUGUAUGGGGAAAAAAAGUACACAGUUUUCUGUGAAUUAUAAUAACAUUAUAGGAUUGUGAUUACUUUUCCCUUCUUGCAAAGUUUUUUUAAAGUGCAGGAGUAAUGUGAUUUAUGACAAUGCUGUGAGCCAUGCACGUUAAAGGGAGGGGAAAGUCACAGGGCAUUAUACACUUUUUAUGAGCAAAGGAAUUUAGAAGAAGGCCGCCUGAUUUCUGCACAUGAGAAAAAUAAUUUCCAACGUUAUUUAGCUCUCUAUAAAGACUUAUAUGUGAUUUGGAUCGUGUCUCUCAAGUGUGGCAUGUCUGUGGAAUAUGGGGUAUGAUACAGAUGCAUGCAUGCAUGUACCUGGAAGAUACCUGCCUCAUACAGUUAUCUCACAACAGUUGUACACUCUGGUGUGAAUUUUGCACUUAAGAUAUGAAUUGUGCAUAGAUAAAAUAGUAAGCCUCUCUGAGCCAUGUGAUUUUGUUCUGUAAUUAACUGAGUUUUAACUUUUGUUGGCCAAUAACAUUUAUUCCAUCACUCCUAUGAUUUUCUUAGUUGCAACACUUUGCUGGCUUCAAGUUGCUUCAGUUAAUUAGUGUGAUGGCCUUAUCCUUAGCUUCACCUGGCAGUAACUGAAGCUGGGUACAGAGACACUAUUAGGUGUUUAUGAGUGUUUGUUUGGAGAACCCAUGCAAACCCCGGAUUCGUAUCUUUUCUUAUCGGU